AUAAGAUAUAUAUUUUCACAUUCUUCAAUUUAAAUAAUUAAAAGUUAAUACUAAUCCAAACCGACAAUGUGUGAUGGAACGAAUUUGAUUCUAUGCUACAACCACGGGUGUGCUGAGAAAUUCGAUCAAGCCAAUAAUACUGAAGAUUCUUGCGUGUAUCAUCCAGGUAACCCUUUUUUUCAUAACGCCUACAAGGGAUGGUCAUGCUGUAAAAAGGAAUCUACCGAUUUUACUGAAUUUCUUAAUAUUAAGGGCUGCACAAAGGGUUACCACAGCGGUAAAAAGCCAAAAGAGCCCGAAAAACUUGAUGUCAUUGAAUAUCAAGCCCCAAAACCUGUUUCGUUACCAAGACCGUCAGCUAAUUUGCCAUUGAUAAAUAUUAAACCGGUCAUAUCCUCUACUUACUUACAACAAAGGACAGCUACUUCUAUAAACAAUUCCAAUGGAAAAAGUUUAACUGAUAUUUCGAUUGGUACUAUGUGUAAAAACAAUGGCUGCAAACAGGCCUAUGAAGGUGCUGGAAAAGGGAUUAUUUUUUGUGACCAUCAUCCUGGUACACCUAUAUUCCAUGAGGGUAUGAAAUAUUGGUCCUGUUGUAAAAAGAAAACGUCAGAUUUCCAUACAUUUUUAGAACAAAUUGGGUGUUUUAAAGGAAAACAUUGUUGGAUUAAAGAAAAGAAAAUUCAAGGACAGUCUAACUGCCGUUUAGACUGGCAUCAGAGUGGACCUUGGGUUGUAAUAUCAAUCUUUGCCAAGAAAUAUGACCCAAACAAUUCAUUUGUGAAAUUGUCUCCAGUAAAACUGUCUGUGGAACUAUACUUUCCGUUUGACAAAUCUGUGUUUUCUAAAAACAUGGAACUUUAUGGGAUUGUCGACGUGAAUGCAAGUUGUGUGUCCAUGUUGCCUAUAAAAGUUGAAAUAAAACUUAAAAAAGCAGAAGCAGUGUCAUGGGGUGUAUUGGAAUAUCGAAAGCGUAAACUUUCAAAUGGUACAAAACAAACUUCAGGAACAAAUGACGAACAUAAAAAAUUCAAAUGUCUUUGUUGAAAGUGUUGACUUUGGUGUAUUCAAAUAUAUAGUAGUUUAAGUAUUGAAUAUUUCCCAAUUUCAACCAAAUCAUAGGCAUACAACAUAUUCACUAGUAAACCAUUAAGCUAAAAAUAUUUAAACGAGAACAAAAAUUCUAGGUACCAAAUUUACUGUUUCAUUAUAAAUAAUAACAUAAAAUAUAACUUAUCAAAAUUCAUUGAUUUUAUAUUUUCAAUUUCAUAUCUUUGAGAUGAUGAACUAAUGACAUUUAAAGUUAUAUGUAUAAUAAAAAAAAACUAUUAUUGCACAUAUAAACUACUUAAAAAUACAUCACGCUUACGUAAAUAGAAAAUAGGUAAUAUUAUACUAAUAUAGAAAUUUUUAUCUAAUAAAUCUUUUAUAAAUUCACUUUCUUGCCCUUAGAAUGUAGCAAAUAUUGAUACCAUUACCAUAGGUUAUUGUCCAUAAAUAACAUGUAUACUAAAAUAGUAAAUAGAGUAGAUAUGUAUAAUUAAAAUUGAAAUUAUCAUAUUAUAUUCGUAUUAUUAUUUAUUAUAAGUUAUAACACACACGCGACAGGCACAACCACUCAACUUUCAACUAAUUAGUUUUCAAGACUUAACACUCAAGAGAAUGUAAACACUGUAACACAAAAUAUUUUAUAUUAUUAAUUGAUAAUAUUUGAUAUUAUACAUAGACGAGGUUCCCAUUUAUGAUAUAUCCAUCACAAUGUAAUUACAAAAAAUUAUUUUCACAUUGAUUUAAAAUAACUCCCUGUUACAAUAAAUUAUAAUAUGAGUAGGCUGUUGAUUAUUGUAUACAUUUAAGAAGACUAUUUCUUGGCCCCCAUUUAUUAUUAAGCCAUGGUAAUGAUUUUAUAAUAUUAUCAAAUCAAUUACUCGUAGUGUAAUAAUGGUACUCCAUAGACUAUUAACAAUAACUUUUAAAACAACAGUAUAAUUAUAGUAUAACCAUUUCAUUUUAAGCUUAACCCUUAUAUGUAGAUUUUUAUUAUAAAAUAUAGGUGAUUAUAACUAUUCUAAAAUGUGAUAAAAUACUAAAAACCAAUUUUUAUUAUGGAGGCUCUGAUAAAUCGAUAAAUAUAAAUCGGGAACCUUAAUGUUUCACUUUGCUUACUUACCCGCUAGUUGUGCCAUUGCACAUGCAAGCAAUUGUUUAAAAAAGAAAUAUACCAAUACAGAAAGCAUUAACCCACUUUUAUUAUUUUUAAGUUAUUCCAUUAUUUUUUAAAUUUAAUUCUUAAACUUAAGUAAAAAUGUUGUAGAAGUGAUGUAAUAAGUUUUUAUUUUGUUUCAAUAUUAUUAAGAUAUUUAUAUUAUAUAAUAUACAUAUUACUAUGUAUAAUAGCCUUAUUAUUCAAAAAUAUGAUUUUUGGCUUUCUU